CACACCUGAGUAAAGCCACUCCUUUCCCAGGACGCAUUAGAGAUGGUUGAGAAGCGGAGGCCGGGAAAAUGCCCUAAAACCCUUUACAGCUUUAAUAUUUUACAGCCGUUUUGAUAUUGACUCUGGUUUUUGUUUUUGAGGGAUUUUGGAGAUACGGGAGUUUUGGUUUAGAUUUAGUUCUUUGUGGUGUGUUGCUUUUGUUUAGAACUCCCAACAUAGCGGCGGCAGCCUCAGAGUAGGACUUUGGCAUUUUUUUUGUGGCCCACUUACCUAAUGAAGAUGUGGUCUAUGAAGGUCAUCAUCCUGCUUCUGUUCUACUAUGCUUCUCUUUCAACUGGCAAUGGGAGAGUUUAUUUUGUCUCCAAGAACUUUUACAACAUACUCCACUGGGACCCCGUGGAGCCUGCCAUCCCUGGGGAAAAGGUCCUCUAUUGCGUCAAGUACUGGAGUGAUGCUGAGAAGCAGCUAUUCCAGAUAAAAGAGGAGUGUCAGAACAUCACUGCUCUGUCCUGUGACCUGACCGCAGAAACCCCAUCAGUUGAUUCCGUUUACUACCGGGCUCAGGUGUACUCUAACAGUAGCUUACAUGGCAGCACCAAAAGGUUUAAACCCACAGAAUACACUAUUCUUGGUCCACCCAUCUUGUCUAACUUCACAACAGUGUCAUCCUUGCAUGUUAAUGUCACGCUGCCCUUGGGGCCAAACGGAGUCUCCGUUGCCGACAUCAUCACCAACAGCAGAAAUGGGCCUGACAAGACUGAGAUGGUUUAUACCUUAAAAAUCACCAAACCAGAGUGGGCUGCACAGGUUAAUAAAACUACAACCGGCUGGUUCGUCAUCAACUUGAAGAACAACCAAACCGAGUACUGCGGCUAUGUGGUCUACCAGCCGCUUCCUGUAUGGGGUCACUCAAAAGAAGAGAGUGAGAAAGCCCACUUCUGUGCCACACUGCCAGGUGAUCCUCUGAUGUUUUUGCCGUGGCUUCUCGUGAGUGCAGCCCUUCUAACGGCCAUUAUCAUAACGUCCGUUGUGUUCGUGUGCAACUAUGUGAAGGGUGGAAAGAAAAAGAGCAUGCCAGAUCUAUUGGUAACCACUUCCAGCAGCCCACCUAGAGUACUGCAGUCUACAGAUACCAAUCUCAUCAUUUCCAAAGCGGAAAUCUGCGUUCAAUGUGACCAAACAGUUUACGCAACGAUCCGGAUGAAGCCAAAUAUGCCCUCAGUUGGGCCUGGAGGUUAUUCCCCCCAGGACAUCCCCUGCCAACCCUGGCAAGACAGCAGUGGCUCCUCUGUGGGAACAGGUGCACGCAGUCUGACCCCAAAUCAAGAGGACACGAGUGCCCAGUCCUCUGAAAUCUACAGUGUAAUAGCUGUCCGUGUCCCUGCUGAACAGAAUGAAGACUUUCAGCAGGUUACCAAUGACGACAGAGAAACCAGUAACCUACCAAUGUCGUCCAGUGGAGAAAGCUGGGACAAAGGUGAAGCAAGUCCAAAGCUGAUCUCGCAUGGAGUACCACCGUUACCUGAUCUGGACCCUUGUGAGAGCAAUCCAGCCAGGCCACUGCAGUUGCAAACAGUGCGGGAUGUUGACGGACAACUUGUGUUGUCUUCACUUAUUUUUCAGUUACAGAACAGCACAGAUGACGCAGUGUCACCCCUCAACCCAGAGAGAAAACCCCUCUUAUCUGACCUCAUAGACUCAAAGAUGGAGGGGCCAACAUUGGCAUCCUUGAAGAGCUUCGACGGUUCAGAGUGGUCAGACUCAGGGUGUGACGAUAGCACUGUAACCACACCAACCCAGCCCUACUGCAACACCAAUUAUUGCCCAUCUCAACCAAUUAGUCCUUAUUUCCACCAGGGAUGUCAGAACACACCACCUAGUGAUGCCAUAUUUGAAUUGGGUUACAAACAAAACUGGAUGCCUGCGAUCCUUCUUGAAACUGCAACCAAAGACAGUUGUGAAUACAGAAAGACAGACUAUCGGUGGACCUGGACUGGUCCCAAAAAGGAGGAGGAAGGUGAGGAAGAUGAACACAGAGGAGGAGAGGAGGGGCAAACACUUCUGGGAGGUUUAAUGGUACAAAUUCAAGAAUAGUAAUCCUCUCUAUAAUCUUUGCUAUCUGCUGUGUGGCUGAUGAUGCAGAGACAGAUGUUUAAACUCUCCUUAAACAUAGACCAAAUUCAUCCUGAACUAAGUCUUAUUUAAUAACCACAUCUGGACCAUUACAUACAUUUCAUAUCUUAGAUGUGAUAUAUUAUGCCUUGCUGUAAAUCUGGUUUUAUUUAUUUAUUAACCCACAAUUGUAAAAUAUUAGACUAGAAAUACGUAUGGAUAGUCUUAAAUUGUGAGUUUACAUUUGAAGACAUUAUUGUAUAUACAGAAUUUGUAUUUUAAAAGAUGUUGAAUUGUUGAAGGUUGAACCCAAAGUUAACUUCUUUCAUAACUGAUAUAAUCUAUUCUGGACUUCUCUUGUUAUGUGUUUAUACUGUAGAAGGGAAUAUAGCAGCUACGAUAUAAAGUUUGAAGUGUCCCUUAAUGACAGUAUAUCUCACUAUAGUUCACAUCAACAUUUACAUUGUUACGGUAGUCUAAAGCUGUGUUCAGACAGCUAAAAUCUGUUUUGUUUACAUAAUGAAGAAUACACAUGAUCAAUCCCUACAUGUUUGUACUUUAAGUGGUUUGAAAUGUAGUUUAAAUUACUUUCUUACAAUUCAACUCAGUCCGACCACACAGAUCCAUUUUUAAGUGUUUCAUUUUCAAUAGAGCUGCAAUCACACGCAGCCAGCACAUGCAUGUGUGUGCCAUCACUAUGGCGACACAUUAUUGAAACUUAUUACGCUUUCUAAAACACACAAAGCCAAUCUGGUCAAUUUUAAAUUACAAUGUGGACAGUCAACCUUGAAGAUUAGAUAUGAACACAAACCUGAUUGCUUUGUGGCUGAAAAAAGCCUUAGACAAAGUCCAACGCCUAUUAUCAUCUUUUCAGCUGUUUAAAAUGGGACUAAAAUGACUGAAUUUCUACUUGAAAUGAAUGUAUUCCUAUUUUAAAACUCAUCAACAUAGUUCAGUAUUAUUAGUGUUUGCAUCUGUAGCCUACAUAAAAAAGAAAUAUUCCAUAUUUUUCUAACUCACAAAGUUCAUGAACUCCUUUUGUUAUCCUCAUUGUUUGCUCUUCUUUCAGGGGAAGAAAAUACAGUGUGUAAAAAAUAUAUUAGAAGGUGGGGUCACGGUGCAACCUGAGCCACGCUGAUAACAGCUAGGUUUGUAAUAGCCUGAGCAGACUUUUAUGUACAGUUGUAAAGUAAUAACGUCAGGUGUGUUGAAACAGUGCGAUGUGAGUCACAUAUGGACACAAUGUAGAUAUACAAUACAGAUGGUAUUGUACAUGUGUACAUUUGUAUUGUGGACAAAAGUGUCUCGAAUGAAUGGUAAUGAAUGAAUGUAUUAUUAAGUUACAACUUUCUUUUAUUCUGUAUUUACAGAUCGUGAAUUUCUAAUAAAUGUACUGUAUGUUGGAAAGUUUGAUUUAUAUUAUUGAAAUUCUGAAAAAUGAAUAUUAAAGAACCUUUUCCUCAAAACAGAA